AGCCCUUUCUGUACCCUCUCUGUACUGUAUUCAGAUACGUGCCUUUGUGAGCACCAUUACGACGCGACCCUGAUGGCCUCGUAGCAACCCCCAAGGAACCGAGUGCUAGUACGGGAACAGGGCAGCCCUGUUCACACACAUAGCUCGUCUCCAAAUGCGUCCGGGACUGGCGGGUAUAGCAGUGGAGAUGCUGAGCGGUGCGACCUGCAGGGCCAGGCCGAGGAUCGGCAGCCUCCUGCUGGCGCCCCUCACCAAAACAGUGCCGCCGAUGUCAAGCACGGGGAGCCGCAGAUUGCGCUCCACGUCCUCGAUGCAGGGGUUUUCGGAGUUGGCGAGAGAGCGGUCGAAGACUGUCACGUCGUUUUACAACCAGUCGGCCAUUGACGUGUCCGCAGAAAAGGCCUCAGUGCGACUGACCUUAGCGACUCUGCUGUACUCUGGGAAGUCUCCUGAUGGACACCACAUCUUGAGCAGUGCCAAGUACCUACACAAGGAGCUGCCUGUACGAAUCGCCCAUCGCAUCAAGGGCUUCCGCAGUUUGCCCUUCAUUAUCGGUUGCAACCCCACCAUUCUGCAAGUGCAUGAACUGUACAUCAGAGCCUACCACAUGGUCAGCGACUUUCCCCCAAUCAACGAUCAGGACGUGGAGGCUCGUUUCUGUAAGCUGGUGCAGCAGUUGCUGGACGACCACAAAGAUGUGGUCACCAUGCUGGCUCAGGGCUUCAGGGAAUGUCGCAGACACGUCCAGGAUGAGGCACUCCUCCGCAGCUUCCUUGAUACAACACUGUGCUCUCGUCUGGGGAUCCGAAUGUUGGCCACGCACCAUCUCGCCCUCCACGAAGACAAUCCUGACUUUGUCGGGAUCAUAUGUAGACGCCUCUCACCCAAAAAGAUCAUCGAGAAGUGGGUGGACUUUGCCAGGCGUCUGUGUGAGCACCAGUACGGUAAUGCACCCAGAGUGAGGAUCAACGGACACGUAGCAGCUCGCUUCCCCUUCAUCCCUCUGCCUCUGGAUUACAUCCUGCCUGAGCUCCUCAAGAACGCCAUGAGGGCCACCAUGGAGAGCCAUCUGGACACCCCAUACAAUGUGCCCGACGUGGUCAUCACUAUUGCCAAUAAUGACAUUGAUUUUGUCAUCAGGAUUUCAGACCGUGGUGGCGGCAUACCUCACAAUAUUAUAGACAAGGUGAUGGACUACCACUUCAGCACGGCUGAGGAGAGCGCACAGGACCCUCGCAUGAGCAACCUCUUCAACAACAUUACCAACAGUGGAAACCAGUCCAACCCUAUGCAUGGGUUUGGAUUUGGCCUGCCCACGUCCAGGGCCUACGCUGAGUACCUGGGCGGCUCUCUGUCCCUACAGUCUAUGCAGGGCAUCGGCACCGACGUCUACCUGCGUCUGCGCCACAUCGACGGCAAAGGAGAGAGCUUCCGAGUGUAAAGCUCCACGCCGGUCGUCCUCGUAGAUCCCGACCUAGGAAUCAGGCCAUGCAGGAGAACAGAGGGUUCCCCACCAGGAAGGCUGGCAUGGACUACAGGACUAAGUCCACAAAGUGAUAGCCUUCACACAGUAUGUUGUCAGAAAGCUCCUAAAUUCACCGACCCACUACUUGUUCUUUUUUUUUCUUUUUUUUUUUUUGCCUUAGACUGAUUAUAAGCUAUGUUAGCUCUCAAGUUGAUGAUUUCAGUUGUUUUUCCUCUGUGUUUUGUACCCUGUGGCAUGUCGUCUUGAAGUUUUUAAGGGGCGUAUGAACCUUUGAAUGUUUAGGUUAUCGGGACAAACUGUGCAUGAGAAGUGAACAUUGGUGUUAAUGUGGAAGGAAAGGAAAAAAGAGCUUCAGUUUUAAAGAAGUUCACUUUGAAUUAACUCAUCUAAUAACCUCAAAAUAGUAACGAUAAGUUUUAAAGAUUAAAUGUUUCAAAUGAAACUUCUGAGACACUCCAGCAACCCUGUCAAAAUCUCCUCAAAGUGCGCCGAGCUGCUCACAUGUUCCACGAAGAUCAGAAUAACCGAAUCCCCCUGUGUGUUAUUUGUGUCUAAAUCUAAGGUCUCUGUUGGCGGGAGCAGCACACGAGAACAAGUCAAACACCUGCUGUAAACCUCAACUCAUGACUGAUAUUUUACAAACGAAUCUCUGAGUUCAGCUCAGAAAUCAAAACUGCCAAAACACCAAAAGCUCAUUAACGAACAGAUAUCUGUCGCCGCGAUGAACAUCUUUGUUCAGCAGUAUUUUUACGGAGCUUUCAGGCAGGGAAGCCAACCGAGAUGUUCAGUUGCCUUACUGUGUGACGCUAGUCCUUCAACUGCAUGCUGACUGUUUAUAGUUUUCUUUUUGUUGCCUUCAUCGGUUUGCACAGAUGCACACCGUGUCCGUCAACUUCAUUAGCUCGAUGUCAGACGUUUUUGCACAAUGAGUAGAUUUCCAGUUGUAAUGCUCAGCACUUGCACCGAUCAUAGCAGUUUUUGAUGACUUUCAGAGUAACAAUAUACCAGAGAAGUAUUGUCUAAUAUUGUCUUCUUUUUUUCUGUUUUAUCCAACUUUAGUUAGCAUGUGUCAGUUGUAUGUCAAGUUUUCUGUCUUUUUGAAAUAAGUUUUGUACAAGAAUACAUUUCAGGAUGGGUCAAAAACAGUUUCUGCACUGUUAACCAUGGAAGUUGAGAUGGGCUCAGGUUGCUAGUCAAUUUUGGUGAAUUUUCUUCAGAUCACAACUUGAUGAUGUCAUUAACUUGAGACAACAAUUGGCCGUAUUUUGUGUUUUAUGCAUUUUUGCCACUUUUUUUCCACUGUUUUAGAAAUGUUCGGCUCCAUAACGGCCUGUUACUGCUAAAGGUCUCGAUAUGCUUCAAACGUACAACAUAUCGUUUAAACACUCCCAUUAGAUAAACAGAUGUUGACCUGAGUUUUCCUUUGGGGACAUAAUUUACAGUUACAUAAUUUAAAGUAGUAGGUAUUUUAUUUUAAUACUCAGCAUUUUGCAACAUAUUUAAAAUCGCAAUACUAUUGUAUCGUGACUCUAGUAUCGUGAUAAUAUCGUAUCAUGGAUCCUCUUGUGAUUCCCGCCCCUACUCUCCAGUCAUUUUGCGCUUUUGCGUCUUUGUAUUCUUGAUGCAAUCCAUCGUACAGUUUGGGAUAAUGUGGCGUUACACUCGGUUGAAGACAGAAAAAGCAGAUGGUUGUAGUUCUGUAAAAAAUGAAAAUGGGAGCUUGUGGGAGAUGUUCAAACUCUGCAUGUUUUCACAUCUUCAAACAUCUGGCCAAUCUCUUUGUAAAGUGGGCGAAAUUGUCGAUUGUCUGUUUCAGAAAGUUACAAAAAAUUUCGGAAACAGACACUGUCAAUUUCGCCAUAAAAAAAGGGUGUUUCAAACGUUAUGAGACGACCCCACAAGCACUUUGUUUGAAGCAUAUUUCCUCAUCAGCACACAGUGUUUCCCACGCAUUGAUUUAUUUGUGGCGGCCCGCCAUGAUUAAAACAUCUGCUGUCACGAAUAGCGUUUCUAUAUUUGGGGCUGGACAGUUCAUUAGGAGUACCGUUGAAAUAUAUAAACCAUUGGGUUAUUUAUAUCACUGCACUGUCGGAGCAGAGAGCGCACUCAGGGUAGAGAAAGAGCAGCAGAACAGUAGGCACAUUCAAAGUGACACUUAACCGUUCGUUCAGCUGGGUCUAAAAGUUUGCGUUCACUCGCAGUAGCUGCUCCUCUUACCCAUCAAUCUAAUCUGAUCAGCUCUGAGGGGAUCAACUAUCAAUUAGCUACCCUGCGAGUUACAAACUGCUGCUGAGUGCAAAAUGAACUCACGGAGAGCUCCGCCUGCACUGCGUUCAGGGACCCACAAAAACCUCUGAGUUCAGAGAUGCAGAAUGAUGACAAAGGUUAGGGUUAGGAUUAUCAGACAUUUUUCCUGUUCCGUCACCUGAAGGACAUCUAAACAUCUAUCCAAGUCGGUUUUAGUCAUUCCUCUCCACCUGACGAAAUAUCAAAGUUGUGAUUUCAAAACAUUGUACCAGAAAUUAUUAGCAAACCCUGGCCUUUCUGAGUUUCCACUAAGAGUUAUGUGAGUCAAAUAAAACAGUACAAAAAACAACUGAAGCCAAGUCAUUAAGUUUAGAAGUUUGCCCCAGUAGGUAACCACCUCAAGCACUCCUCAUGUUUUGUUGAACAUUCCCCAGCAGGCACCAGCGGUCACGCAACAGAUCAACUCUAAGUUACACUUCAGUUAAUCUGUUGGGAGCAUUUGUUAUUAUGUAAGCUUAUACUAGCUGUUAUCUUUUUAUUAAGAAGGACAUUGUGAAUCCUGAGCUGUAAUUAACAAGAUGGGGAAUUUGUGAACUUUGCAGAAAUAUUGAAAGCUGAUCUUUUUAUUUAAACAACCAGCUUUUCAUUUUAGGCAGUAACUCAGCCUGUUAAUUCAUGGUUAUAUGAUCGUUGUACAUCUGAAGCUUUGUCUCAAAAGCUAUAGAAACAUGAUAUAAUCUACUUAAUGGGAAAAUGUGGCUGCCUUUUUUCUUUAAAAAGCUCUAAAUAAUUUAAGAUUCUGAAAUGUUUUGGAUCUUACAAAUCAAAUAACUGCUUCACUUUGAUUUGCACUCACAAACAAAAUGCAAAAUGAGUUUACAUACAAGUGUUCCUUGAGUUUAAAUAAGAUUUUAGCUUGUGAGACAUUGUGCAAAUGGGAGUGACCCAGUUCUUUCAGUUGUAAGGUGUAUCAAAACACAAUCUGAUUUAAUUUGUGAACGUAUUUAUUUUGACAUUUUAUGAAACAAAAAUAACCUCGUAUAAGUCACAGUUUCAGAGUGACGGAGAACAGCUUGUAUUAUCUGUACCUGUAUUCUUACGGAGGCCGUGUAUAUGAAUUAAUGUGUUUAUUGUGGAUUUGAAGGUCUUGAAGAUGUAGUACAUAUGUAGUUUUUGCAUGUAAAGCAAAGGGGAGGGGGGAGAGUGACAGCACAUAGCUGCCAGAUGUUGGAAAACAAAAGGUUUGUGUCCCUUUUGAGACAAAUUAAUAGGUAAUCUGUCAUUCUGAGAUUUUCCUCUAUUCCAAAAUGUUGCGAGUAAAAUGUUGAAGAUGGUUUGUGGAUUUUGGAUUAACAGCCAGGCUGUGGAAUGAAAUGCCCUCUGCUGGUGUAAAAAGAAAAGUGCAGGCAGACUGAAAAUCUUACUCUUUGGAGGGAAAUAUUUAAUGCACCAUUUUAGCUCUUGAAGGGGAAGAGAAUGUACAACAUUUGAGUUCAUUUCUGUUAUCCAGAUUUCUGAUUUUGUAAUAUUUUCAGAUAGAAACGAGAAUCAACAACAAAAUACUCAUUUCAGCAUCACCUCCAGUACGAAGCCAAAUACUGGAGUCAUGUUAUUGACACAAUGUGCUGCCAUGGAGUGUUUUGUCUCCUUGACUGAAUUAGUUUCUCCCACGUUUUCUGUUGUGUUUAGGACUCUGUAGACAUUAAAUUUUACUUGGUUGAAAUUUUGA